GGCUCAAGUGGAGAACACGUAGCUUCAGAGGCAGAAGGAAUCGAAGGUGCUCCCCAACUUUGGACGUUUCCUCUGCUUGAGAUGCAUACAAAGGCAGUCCAAGUCCUCUGGGGAUGUUUCUUCCUGUGGGAUCUCUACGUCUCAUCUGCCCAGACCGUUUACCCUGGAAUCAAGGCCAGGGUUACUCAGCGGGCUCUGGACUAUGGCGUUCUAGCUGGGAUGGAGAUGAUUGAGCACAUGGUUAAGGAAAAAAAUAUCCCAGACCUAGAAGGUUCUGAAUCUCUGGAAUUUCUGAAGGUUGAUUAUGUGGACUACAAUUUUUCAAAGUAACAUAAAAAUCAAUGCCUUUUCAUUUCCAAAUACGUCAUUAGCCUUUGUGCCUGGGGUGGGAAUCAAGGCCCUGACCAACCACGGCACUGCCAACAUCAGCACCGACUGGGAAAUCAAGUCUCCUCUCUUUGAAGACGCAGGUGGAGCUGAUCUGUUUCUCUCUGGGGUCUACUUCACCGGUAUCGUUGUCCUGGCCCGGAAUGACUUUGGUCACCCGAUCCUGAAGCUCCAACGCUGUUACGCCCAAGUGAGCCACGCCCAUGUGUCAUUUUCCGGAGAACUCAGUGUCCUGUACAACUCCUUUGCUGAGCCCAUGGAGAAACCCAUUUUAAAGAACUUAAAUGAAAUGCUCUGUCCCAUUAUCAUGAGCGAGGUGGAAGCCCUGAACGCCAAUCUCAGCAUGCUAGAAGUUUUAACCAAGAUUGACAACUAUACUCUGCUGGAUUAUUCCCUAAUCAGUUCUCCAGAAAUCACUGAGAAUUAUAUGGAGCUGAAUUUGAAGGGCGUAUUCUACCCACUGGACAACCUCACAGACCCCCCCUUCUUGCCAGUUCCUUUUGUGCUGCCAGAACGCCAUGACUCUAUGCUCUAUGUUGGAAUCUCCGAGUUUUUCUUUAAAUCUGCAUCCUUUGCUUACUUUACAUCUGGGGCCUUUAACGUCACUCUCUCUCUGAAAGAGAUUUCCAGCCAUUUGGUUCAAAACUCUCAAGGCCUUGGCAACGUGCUCUCCCGGAUUGCAGAGAUCUACAUCUUGUCCCAGCCCUUCAUGGUACGGGUCAUGGCAACAGAGCCCCCUGUGAUCAGCUUGCAGCCGGGUAACUUCACCCUGGACAUCCCUGCCUCCAUGGUGCUCCUUGCCCAGACCGAGAACUCGACUGCUGAAGCCAUCGUGUCCAUGGACUUUGUCGCUAGUACCAGUGUUGGCCUGGUUAUUUUGGGACAAAGACUGGUCUGCUCAUUAUCUCUGAACAGAUUCCGCCUCUCUUUGCCAGAGUCCAAUCGCAGCAAUAUUGAGGUCUUGAGAUUUGAGAACAUUCUGUCCUCUCUCCUCCACUUUGGAAUCCUCCCACUGGCCAACGCAAAAUUGCAGCAAGGAAUUCCUCUGCCCAACCCACACAAAAUCUCAUUUGUCAAUUCAGAUAUUGAAGUUUUUGAGGGGUUCCUUUUGAUUUCCACCGACCUGAAGUAUGAAACAUCCUUAAAGCAGCAGCUAAGUUUCCAUGGUUGGGAAGGUCUGAACCUCAUAAGUGGACAGUGGAGGGGGAAGCCAGUCGCCUGAUUGCCUGUUUGGAGUCCACUCCAGGAAGUAAAUGGCCUUAAUCCACAGCUACUGUAAACCCAGAAGGGGAAGACAAUGCACACUGGAUUGUAAAGCCCUUGUGAAGUGCUUAGACUGACAGUUUUCUUUCUCAAGCCCUCAGGGUCAGAGGGAGGCAAACUGAGUUAAAGAGCUAAAUCGGGGUGUGUGUCUGCGUGUGUAGAGGGGUAGGCGUUUCAAUGUGUGUUUGUGUUCGAAGGCACAUUGUGUGUUCCUGUGUUUAUAAGGUGCCGGGGCCGAAAGCUAGCCAUGUGCCUCUGAGGAGGUGCAUGAGAAACUCCGAAGUACAGAUAUGCAUGAGUUCUUGCUGGAGGAGCUUCCUUUAGCUCUCUCUGCAGCCCAGGGUUUUCCCCACUUCCCCACAUAUUGGAUUUUAUGUUUUAUAUUUACUGCUACUGUCCCCUGUAUUUAAUUAAACUUGUUUUCUAUUAAUGA